UUUUUUCUGAAAUUCGAUUAUAAAUACAACGAUGGCCGAUUAACUGAUCUGUAGCUCGCACCUCUAAAUUCGCCUUGACAGCGUCCUUGACAGAGUUGGCAUCACUGCUUUUCGCCUUGCUUUUGUCAAGUAAAUUUUUUACAAGCUGAUUGUCGCAAUUCUGUCAAAUUCAGUUCACGGAUAAAGUUUGCGGAAAAAUGAAAACAAUGAAAAUUUAGAAGUAAAAUAAAAUAUUGUUAGUUACUUGGGUUGUGGUCAAACAAGUGAACAAUAAAUUUAUGUGUAUAAAGUGCGAAGCAAACAGUUUACGAAAGGUGAGUUGAAAACCACGGGAGCUCUGCAAACAUGAGUGAAUUCGAAGCAGCAGGGGUUAAUACAAAUAUCCUGACCCCGAGCACGGGCCAGGGGUCCUUUAAUUGUGUUGACAGCAACGCUGAUAGUGCACGCAAUAGUCCGCAAAGAAGUUCAAAAACCCCUGAUAGCCAGGAAAAAAUAGAAAUUACUCACAUCAAACAGAUCCGCCUGCCUAUUGAGGGCAUGACUUGCCAGAGUUGCGUAAGGACUAUUGAGGGCACGAUAUUAGGGAAGCCAGGCAUUCUAAAUGUGCAUGUGGUUCUAGAAGAGAGUGCUGGUUAUUUUGACUACAAUCCAGAAAUAACAGAUCCGCCUAAAAUCGCCUUUGAAAUAGAAGAAAUGGGAUUCGACUGUCCAUAUAACGCUGCAGACGAAACCGUAGAAAAGGCUGCGGGUGGGAGCAUAGCUUGUAGUUCUAAAACACAAAUACGCAUCAUUGGUAUGACUUGCAACUCGUGCGUUCGCAACAUUGAAGGAAACAUAGGUACGAAGCCUGGUGUUUUAAAAAUUUGUGUAACUUUAGAGGAUAAGCGAGCCACGGUGGAGUAUGAUUCCACCCGAUUGACGCCUAGAGAAAUUGCUGAAAUGAUUGACGAUAUGGGCUUUGAAGCAAGCGUAUGUGAUGAAGCUAACGCUGGUGACGUAGGAGUUAGUACACCCAAACACACACCAAAGCGUAGUUCAACACCCCCGCAGAAGCAACAGGUGUCAAAUGGAUCUCCUGCAAACGCCUCCCCAAAGGCCCACGCAAUGGUUUCCGUUGACGAGGCAUUAUCGAAAUGCUUUCUGCAUAUACGUGGCAUGACGUGUGCCAGUUGUGUAGCAACCAUUGAGAAACACUGCAGAAAAAUUUAUGGAUUAGAUAGUAUACUUGUGGCGCUGUUAGCCGCCAAGGCAGAGGUGAAGUACAAUGCCAAUGAAGUGACUGCUGAAAAUAUUGCCAAAUCAAUAACGGAGCUGGGAUUUCCAUCGGAAAUUAUUGAUGAACCGGGAAGUGGGGAGUCAGAGGUAGAAAUUGAAAUUGCGGGUAUGACCUGUGCUUCCUGUGUAAACAAAAUCGAGACGCAUGUACGGAAAGUGAAAGGUGUUUCAGCAGCUGCAGUAACAUUAAUGACUCAAAGAGGAAAAUUCAGAUAUAAUACCGAGUUGACUGGCCCGCGCAGCAUAUGCGAGGCUAUCGAACAGCUGGGCUUCACGGCACGUCUGCUCAAUGGCAAAGACAAAAUGACGCACGACUACCUGCAACACAAAGAAGAGAUUGCCAAAUGGCGCAAUGCCUUCUUGGUAUCUCUGAUAUUUGGAGGGCCCUGUAUGGUUGCCAUGAUCUAUUUCAUGGUCGAAAUGGGAGACAAGGGACAUGCAGCGAUGUGUUGUUUGGUUCCCGGUUUGUCGAUGGAGAAUCUGGUAAUGUUUUUGCUCUCCACUCCAGUACAGUUCUUCGGGGGUUGGCAUUUUUACGUGCAGUCCUUUCGCGCAAUCCGUCACGGUACCACAAACAUGGAUGUGCUAAUUUCAAUGGUCACUACGAUAUCCUAUCUCUACUCUGUGGCGGUGGUCAUAGCAGCUGUGUUAAUGGAACAAAACUCCUCACCCUUAACAUUCUUCGACACGCCUCCUAUGUUGCUGAUUUUCAUAUCCCUGGGUCGCUGGUUGGAGCAUAUUGCUAAGGGGAAGACAUCCGAGGCUCUUACGAAACUGUUAUCAUUGAAGGCGGCUGAGGCGCUGCUGGUCGAUGUGACUCCUGACUUCGAUAUAAAAUCGGAAAAGGUUAUACCGGUAGACUACGUACAGCGAGGCGACAUUCUCAAGGUUAUACCGGGUGCAAAGGUGCCGGUGGACGGUAAAGUUCUUUAUGGUCACUCGACUUGCGAUGAAAGCCUCAUCACGGGCGAAUCAAUGCCAGUGGCCAAACGCAAAGGUGCAGUAGUCAUUGGCGGCUCGAUAAACCAAAAUGGCGUGCUACUCAUAUCUGCAACUCACACGGGUGAAAAUACAACCUUGUCACAAAUUGUGCGCUUGGUCGAGGAAGCGCAAACUUCCAAAGCGCCCAUACAGCAGUUGGCCGACCGUAUUGCCGGAUAUUUUGUGCCCUUCGUUGUGGUGGUAUCGACAAUUACGCUUAUCGGUUGGCUGAUAGCUGGCUUCGCUGACCCGAACCUCGUGCCGGUAGCAAUGGAACACAAAAUGCAUAUGGACUCUAACGCAAUUGUCAUUAGUCAUGCCUUCAAAUGCGCUUUGAGCGUACUCGCUAUUGCUUGUCCUUGCGCGUUGGGUCUGGCCACUCCAACUGCGGUAAUGGUAGCCACAGGCACCGGAGCCAUCAACGGUGUGCUGGUCAAAGGUGCUACAGCCUUAGAAAACGCCUACAAGGUAAAAACUAUUGUCUUCGACAAAACCGGUACCAUAACGCACGGCAUGCCAAUGACCUCCAAGCUAAUUAUGUUCGUCAAACCCGCCGUCUGCAGCUUAGCGCGAGCGCUCACCAUCAUUGGCGCUGCUGAGUCCAACAGCGAGCAUCCAAUAGCUUCUGCGAUUGUGCGCUUCUCAAAAGAUGUGCUGGGCUUGCAAACGUUUGGAAAGACUCAGAACUUCCUUGCCGUGCCGGGAUGUGGCAUAAAAGUGACCGUUCUGCAGUAUGAGCAGGCGUUGCGUCAGGCUUGCAAUGCAGAGAAAAUCAUUAAUUACGAAAAUAACUACCGUUCCAAUCCCAGCUCCACACACACCGAAAAUGGCGCCAGCAUUGAAGAGCUGAUACCACAGUUACUGACACGCAAGUCCAUGGAGCUUCAGCAGCAACAACAGCUUUUGCAAUUAGAUGAGACCUUACCCUCUGAGGCCGUAUCAACCGUGCUGGGCAGCGAAAUAAAUGUUCUGAUUGGCAAUCGCGAAUGGAUGCAUCGCAACGCCAUAUCGGUGCCAAAUGAAAUCGAUAACUGCAUGAGCGAGGAAGAGACAAAAGGUCACACGGCUGUGCUGUGCGCGUUGAAUGGUCAGCUCAUCUGCAUGUACGGUGUGUCAGACCUAGUCAAGCCUGAGGCGCAUCUAGCUGUUUACACGCUGAAGAAAAUGGGAAUCAAUGUAAUCCUGCUAACGGGUGACAAUGAAAACACUGCUGCAAGUAUAGCGCGCCAGGUUGGCAUUAAACGGAUCUUCGCCGAGGUGUUACCCUCGCACAAAGUGGCCAAAAUUCAGCUCAUACAAGAAAGCGGUGCCCGUGUCGCGAUGGUUGGCGACGGUGUCAAUGACAGCCCCGCUCUGGCUCAAGCCGACGUUGGCAUCGCUAUUGCGGCAGGCACUGACGUGGCGGCCGAAGCAGCCGAUGUGGUGCUGAUGCGCAACGACUUGCUGGACGUGGUGGCCUGCCUCGACCUGUCGCGCCGCACCGUGCGCCGAAUACGGUACAACUUCCUCUUCGCCAGCAUGUACAACCUUCUCGGCAUACCGCUGGCGUCGGGCAUAUUUGCACCCUUCGGCUUCACGCUGCAGCCGUGGAUGGCGUCAGUGGCGAUGGCAGCCAGCUCGGUAUCAGUGGUCUGCUCAUCUCUAAUGCUAAAAUGGUAUCGCAAACCCUCGGCUGCUUCGUUGCGUACACCCGAGUACAUGAAACUUCUGGCACAGGAGCGCGACAAUGAACUCGAACCCGAUCAGUUGUCAUUGCAUCGAGGCCUGGAAGACUUACCACGCGCUAAGCUAAACCGCUCUAAUAGCUCACUUCUGUCACGAAUAUUCCUACACGGCGGCGAUAGCAUUCGUUACGAUCACAACGAAGGCAGCCUACUGGAAACAGAAGGUCGUGAUUUCUCCCCGAAAAUUGUUAAGUCGAAGAAUAUCCGAAAUGUGACCGAAAUGCAGAAGCUUUAAAGCGAUGAAAGGCAAGUUUUUAGUGAUUGUCCGUAGGUAGUGAAGUGUAGAAUUUGUUUUUGUUAUUUUGUAUGUUUAUAUUUGUAUAACUGAGAAGUAUGUAAAUUUUAAAAAUAAGAAGCGCAACGUAGAGAUGUUUCUAUCUUAAGCCCUCUGUUCUUCGCUAUUGAACAAAAUAACGAUCACUAUUUUUUUACAUAAAUUAAGGUGCAUUUACUUUGUGCAUAUGUUUGUAAAAAGAUAUUUUUUCCGCGGAUGCAAAUCGCUUUUCGAAGAAAAAAUUUUCGAUAAGUUUAUAUACAUAGAAUAUUUUUCUAACUUUUGCCUUUCUACAAAAAUCCAACCUGAACAAAAAAAUCCUAAAAGGUACGAUAAGCAGCAGCAGUAUGUAAUAUACAUAAUAUGUACGCAAAUAUACGAAAUAUUAUUCAAUAUUAUUUAAAAAAGUGUUACACACAUACAUACAAAUUCAAACUAUAUAUCUGUGCUCAUAAGCAAUAACCGCCUAAGUCGAAAAACCUGAAUUCGAGAAAAAACGUUUUAAACAUUUGGAUAGUAAUGUUAGCCCUAUGGGGUAACAAAAAUAUUUUCGUCUUGAACUUUUCAACAGCCUAGCUGCCGAGAUGGCGAUUUCACACACGCCUGGAAUAGUAGUUGCAAAAUACGAUAGCAUAUAUAGCUCAAUUAUUUCUUAAGUCGACUUAGGCGGUUAUUGCUUAUGACAACAGAUACAAUACAUGCAUAUACACAUAUACAUAUUCAUAGUCUCCAUAUCGAUUUAGAAUAAAGACCCUAUAUCAGUGAAAACUUCCCAAACGCAACUAAUAAUGUUUGCGGUGCCAAUUAACUGCUAUGUGACAGCAGCAGCACCACAAAGCCUUUAUCGUUUAUCAAAAUGUUAGAAAAUACGAGUAGCGUGAAAUUUUUGAUAAGAGGAACAUUCUUGUGUUUUUCGAACAGAUUGGCAUUUGUGAUGUGUACUGUGUGCACUGUGGGAUUAAAAUUUAGUUCCAUAUAAAAUAAAACAACAAAGCAUAGUAAUACACAACU